AUGCUGAAAAACACUGUGAGCUUUGCUAGGAAGCCUUUUUACGCAUGUUCGAAGCGUCACAUAUUGAUACCAUCGAGUAAAACUAGGAAACGGCAACGACAGACGCAUUAUCAUAACAAGAUAAACGAGGAAUUGAAUUUGGAGAAAGGGUUAGACUGGAACAACGUGCGUGAGGUUAGCUUCAAAUUAAAACAACUCAAAGAGUUUACCAAAAAUUUGGCUCAGCAAGUGAGAAAUGCAGAUGAUUUGAUGAAGAAGCAAACCGUGGAACAAGAAGUUGUAGGCCCAAAGAAGGUGAUAGAUCAUGAAAUUAGGCCAGCUCUUGAAAGCCCUCGUCAAGCUGGAGGCAGCGAACUAUCAUCUCUAAUUCUGAAUGCUUCCGAACAAGCUAAGAAAUUUCUACCUGAUGUGCUAUUGAAGCGUAUUUGUGACGACCAGCUGGUACUCAAAUCACUUUUAGAUCGGCGGAACCGAAAUUGGAACCCUAUUCUUUCGCGUAUUUACGGAAAUAAAGAAUGGCUGAACGGUGUGAGCCAGAAAGUGCUUAAAACAUCAUUAUUACCUUCUUUGAAAGGAUUGAAUUUGACCAACAUUAAAAGACUUGAUGAAAUGCUAAUGGCCAACAUUGAAAACGAUAUAACACGGUUCAGUCUUGCAAUGUACGAAUGCCUAUUUUUGAACCUCUCCAAUCUUAAAGUUGGCGGAAUUGAAGUGUUCGAAAUGAUGGACAUGUUGCUGAAAAGGCAUGGAGAUGCGAUAUCUCAAAUGGACUCUGACGGCCUCCAGAAAAAGUCCGAAAUGAGCCAAUUUGUCAUGAACUGCUGCAUAAAAGUCGCCUCGAAAGCUAUGAAUUUCGAGAAAAUGGACCAAUAUUUGACAUUAUUUGGUCAGAAAUACGGUCUCAUACCCAAUCGUGAGAACUACACCGCGAUAAUACAAUUCUACACAAAGUUAAAUGUCCCAAGUCGAGCAUGGGAUCUGUUCUCGACCAUGAAAUUCCUGUCCACGCAACAUAAACCUGAUAUUACGACGUACAACGCCAUGCUCAAUUUGUGCGGUAAAGAGCGGGACUACGCCAAAACAAUUGACCUGCAUCAGGAGAUGCUAGAUCAAGGAAUAAAACCGAAUACGCAAACUCUAAAUCUAAUGGCAAGGUCGCUGGCCAUGGCUAGUGCCGACCCAAUCACGAGCGAGGGCAAAAGCGAAUCCCUGAGGCUUUUGGGCUGGAAAUAUAUACAUGAGGUGGAACUUGACCUCGAGUCGAAUUACGGUCAGAACGCUAGGCCUGAAGCAGAGGAAACAUUGAUUUCGAUGAUGGCAUUGUCUGCUUACGAUGGAGACGUAGCCAUGGCGAGGGCUCUGUACUUUAGGCUUGUCACAGCGAAGUUCAAGCAGGCUGUGAACAGAUGGCAGGCGAAAAAUGCCCAUUCCUCAGAGUUAAAUUACAAGAGCAUAUGGCAGAAAGCGUUGAAUCCCAUUGCUUUCAAUUAUUUGCUGUUAUCAUAUGCAAAUUAUUCUCGAGAUAAAUUGCCCUUAUUGUUAGGAUAUGACCAAGGUGCAAUUCUAAGGAGAAACGUUCUCAACAGCGUAGACUACGUUAGUCGUUCUGAGGCCAAUGACUUAGAAGCAGCGACACUUCCAUUACUACCCACAAAGGAUUUGAACAAUGCAUGGCAAAUAAUGUCUGAAUCAAGAGCAUUGUGGCAUUUCAAUCUUGAAUACGGAGGUCAAACAAAUAUCACAGAAAGGCCUCCAAAUUGUACCAAAGACUGGAUUGACACUUGCAAGAACACGAUUAAAACUAAAGAGGAGCUUUUGUUAGAAAUCGCAUUCCAGAUUGCGAACUGGAGGAGUGCCUAUAUGAAUGACCAAAUUUUAAACUCUAAACUUCUUACGUCCUUCUUGACCAUUCCGUUGAAACUGGGCGACAAAAAAGAGUUUGAACUAAGGCUUUCAGAGUUUAGCUACGAGCAACAGGAUCUCGAAGCACUUGUCAAUCGUUUGUUUGGGCUUGACCAAAACGCUUUGACAGACGAAAAUAUAUCUUCGGACCUGGUGUGCGAUGGAGACAGCUCUGAAAUAUCCGCGAAAGACCUAGACUAUUUUGGCUCUUUUAAACACAAGCUGAUAAGAACUUCAAAUAUUUAUGAGCUUGUCAUGAGAGCAGCACUGAAGUUCAACGAUAUGGACUUAGCGACACAGGCGUGGGAUGCACGGGGGAAGUUCCGGAAAACCAACCUUUUCACCAAUCAAAGUGCUGCUCUGAAACAAGGUCAGGACAAAGUUUUCGCAGAGCUGACAGUUCAUUUUUUUACUCAGAGGGAACUACUCACGGAUGCAAUGGGUAUAAUCAUGGCGUCUCAAAAAUAUCUUGAUUGGAAGUAUCCUGCGAUUCGGGGUUUGCACCAGAAGUUGAAAGCCAUUGAGGACACAAAGAGCGAGGCGAUUCUGUUGGACAUAGUGAAUAAGAAAACCACUAGUAAGAGUGAAAUCGAUUUUGCUUUAGGUGGGAAAUUUUGUAAACAGCCAUCGUCCAGGGCUGCUUAA